ACCGUGCUUCAUGUUAUGUUCAUUUCCUUUAGCGGCAAGACACACAAACAUUAUGCACAUUUGACAUUCAUACCUGUCUGUGCACAGUAGGUCUAUCUGCAUGGUAACCUCAAACCCAAACCUAACGGCUGGCUCAAACAAGAAAUGGAGCUGAUUGAACUCUUCUGCAUUAUAUGUUUCACCGCCCUGUGUACUGCUAUAGAUGAAUCCGAGAUUCCCGUUCCAUCGGUGGCUCUCCAGACACCAUGGUCUGCUGUCUUCACCUCUGAGUCAGUGGAGCUGAAGUGUAGUAUGCAGGUCAGCCCAGACCUCUGGACCUAUACCUGGUACAGAGGAGGACAAGAGGUGGUGCAGGGGGCAGGUGUCUCCUUUGGGUCAGAAGGAUCUGAUCUCACGAUUAGCCCGGUUAGACCAGAGCAUGCGGGACAGUACACCUGUACUGGACAACUCAUGGGGAGAACCGUUAAGUCUGAACCUAGCAAAGCACAGUCCUUAGAGGUCAAAGAGAUUCCCGUUCCAUCGGUGGCUCUCCAGACACCAUGGUCUGCUGUCUUCACCUCUGAGUCAGUGGAGCUGAAGUGUAGUAUGCAGGUCAGCCCAGACCUCUGGACCUAUACCUGGUACAGAGGAGGACAAGAGGUGGUGCAGGGGGCAGGUGUCUCCUUUGGGUCAGAAGGAUCUGAUCUCACGAUUAGCCCGGUUAGACCGGAGCAUGCGGGACAGUACACCUGUACUGGACAACUCAUGGGGAGAACCGUUAAGUCUGAACCUAGCAAAGCACAGUCCUUAGAGGUCAAAGAGAUUCCCGUUCCAUCGGUGGCUCUCCAGACACCAUGGUCUGCUGUCUUCACCUCUGAGUCAGUGGAGCUGAAGUGUAGUAUGGAGGACAGCCCAGACCUCUGGACCUAUACCUGGUACAGAGGAGGACAAGAGGUGGUGCAUGGGGCAGGAUCUGAUCUCACGAUUAGCCCGGUUAGACCGGAGCAUGCGGGACAGUACACCUGUACUGGACAACUCAUGGGGAGAACCGUUAAGUCUGAACCUAGCAAAGCACAGUCCUUAGAGGUCAAAGAGAUUCCCGUUCCAUCGGUGGCUCUCCAGACACCAUGGUCUGCUGUCUUCACCUCUGAGUCAGUGGAGCUGAAGUGUAGUAUGGAGGACAGCCCAGACCUCUGGACCUAUACCUGGUACAGAGGAGGACAAGAGGUGGUGCAGGGGGCAGGUGUCUCCUUUGGGUCAGAAGGAUCUGUUCUCACGAUUAGCCCGGUUAGACCGGAGCAUGCGGGACAGUACACCUGUACUGGACAACUCAUGGGGAGAACCGUUAAGUCUGAACCUAGCAAAGCACAGUCCUUAGAGGUCAAAGAGAUUCCCGUUCCAUCGGUGGCUCUCCAGACACCAUGGUCUGCUGUCUUCACCUCUGAGUCAGUGGAGCUGAAGUGUAGCAUGCAGGACAGCCCAGACCUCUGGACCUAUACCUGGUACAGAGGAGGACAAGAGGUGGUGCAGGGGGCAGGUGUCUCCUUUGGGUCAGAAGGAUCUGUUCUCACGAUUAGCCCGGUUAGACCGGAGCAUGCGGGACAGUACACCUGUACUGGACAACUCAUGGGGAGAACCGUUAAGUCUGAACCUAGCAAAGCACAGUCCUUAGAGGUCAAAGAGAUUCCCGUUCCAUCGGUGGCUCUCCAGACACCAUGGUCUGCUGUCUUCACCUCUGAGUCAGUGGAGCUGAAGUGUAGUAUGGAGGACAGCCCAGACCUCUGGACCUAUACCUGGUACAGAGGAGGACAAGAGGUGGUGCAGGGGGCAGGUGUCUCCUUUGGGUCAGAAGGAUCUGUUCUCACGAUUAGCCCGGUUAGACCGGAGCAUGCGGGACAGUACACCUGUACUGGACAACUUAAGGGGAGACCUGUUAAGUCUGAACCUAGCAAAGCACAGUCCUUAGAGGUCAAAGAGAUUCCCGUUCCAUCGGUGGCUCUCCAGACACCAUGGUCUGCUGUCUUCACCUCUGAGUCAGUGGAGCUGAAGUGUAGUAUGGAGGACAGCCCAGACCUCUGGACCUAUACCUGGUACAGAGGAGGACAAGAGGUGGUGCAGGGGGCAGGUGUCUCCUUUGGGUCAGAAGGAUCUGUUCUCACGAUUAGCCCGGUUAGACCGGAGCAUGCGGGACAGUACACCUGUACUGGACAACUCAUGGGGAGAACCGUUAAGUCUGAACCUAGCAAAGCACAGUCCUUAGAGGUCAAAGAGAUUCCCGUUCCAUCGGUGGCUCUCCAGACACCAUGGUCUGCUGUCUUCACCUCUGAGUCAGUGGAGCUGAAGUGUAGUAUGGAGGACAGCCCAGACCUCUGGACCUAUACCUGGUACAGAGGAGGACAAGCGGUGGUGCAGGGGGCAGGUGUCUCCUUUGGGUCAGAAGGAUCUGAUCUCACGAUUAGCCCGGUUAGACCGGAGCAUGCGGGACAGUACACCUGUACUGGACAACUCAUGGGGAGAACCGUUAAGUCUGAACCUUGCAAAGCACAGUCCUUAGAGGUCAAAGAGAUUCCCGUUCCAUCGGUGGCUCUCCAGACACCAUGGUCUGCUGUCUUCACCUCUGAGUCAGUGGAGCUGAAGUGUAGCAUGGAGGACAGCCCAGACCUCUGGACCUAUACCUGGUACAGAGGAGGACAAGCGGUGGUGCAGGGGGCAGGUGUCUCCUUUGGGUCAGAAGGAUCUGAUCUCACGAUUAGCCCGGUUAGACCAGAGCAUGCGGGACAGUACACCUGUACUGGACAACUCAUGGGGAGACCUGUUAAGUCUGAACACAGCAAACCACAGUCCUUAGAGGUCAAAGAGAUUCCCGUUCCAUCGGUGGCUCUCCAGACACCAUGGUCUGCUGUCUUCACCUCUGAGUCAGUGGAGCUGAAGUGUAGCAUGCAGGACAGCCCAGACCUCUGGACCUAUACCUGGUACAGAGGAGGACAAGAGGUGGUGCAGGGGGCAGGUGUCUCCUUUGGGUCAGAAGGAUCUGUUCUCACGAUUAGACCGGUUAGACCAGAGCAUGCGGGACAGUACACCUGUACUGGACAACUUAAGGGGAGACCUGUUAAGUCUGAACCCAGCAAACCACAGUCCUUAGAGGUCAAAGAGAUUCCUGUUCCAUCGGUGGCUCUCCAGACACCAUGGCCUGAUGUCUUCCCCUCUGAGAAAGCGGAGAUGAACUGUAAGAUGCAGGACAGCCCAGGCGACUGGACCUACACUUGGUACAGAGGGGGACAAAAGAUGGCGGUGCAAGAGCCAGGUGUCUCUUUUGGGUCAGACGGAUCCCAGCUUGUGAUUAGCUCUGCUAGACAGGAGCAUGAGGGAGAGUACAACUGUACAGGACAACUCAAAGGCAGAGUUACGUCUGAACACAGCAAGCCACUCUCCUUAUCUGUCUAUGAUAAGAAACCUACACCAUUGCUAAUACAAGAUCCCGGGCAUCGGAAGAUGUAUGCCAAGGAAUCAAUCAAAUUCAGCUGUAAGGUUAGCACUUCAUCUGGAUGGGAGUUCCAUUGGUUCAAGGACUCAGUGAAACUCCCGAAUCAAGGGGAGAACUACACCAUCCCAUCGGCCUCCUCUGUCAACGCCGGGGCGCAUCGAUGCCAUGCAACAAGAGCACAGGAACCACCCUUUACCACGGAGGACAGUAAUACGAUAAGCAUCAGCGUUGAAGUGCGUCCCCGGGCCAAGGUGACCCUUCUAACAGGGUGGUCUGAGGUGUUCUCCGCCGAUCGACUGGAUCUGAAAUGCGAGGUGCACGGGAGCGAAGACACGUGGAACUACACAUGGUUUGGCGGAAGUGAGCAGUCCCCGUUGUCUUUUAACGCCAAACACCCGGUCAUGAGUAAAGACGUGAACCAGAGCCACUACAGCUGCAUGGGCAACCGCUCUUCACGGCCUUUGUAUUCCCAGCGAAGUGAACCCUUCAAGACCACCAAUCUCCUUCUUAAGAGAAGAGUUCUGCUCUCCAUAUCUGGAUGUCUGUUCUUCGGCAUCAUCGCUGUCUUCAUCGGAUGCAUUGUGAUGAGAAUAACACGCAAACCAGUCACGAGCGAAGACAAACCCGAAGAGGUCAACCUCUUUCUUACCAGGGCGGAGCUGCAAGCCAGUGAUGUUGCACCUUGUCCACUGGCGGAGUAUGUCAGUGAUGAGGAAAAGCCGGCUUUAACUAAAGAUGCAGAAGACAUAGACACCGUUUGCCAUGAAUCAACACCUCUUCCAUUAAGUUUCUCUGAGGUCGAAGCUGAGACGUCCGAGACCAAUGGUGGACUAAAGUCCUUUAAAUAUUGACCUGGUUGAACCGUGAUGACUCGAACCAUUGUUCUGACCUGACUUGGUUAAACAGUUGCAAAUUAUUAUUAUUUUUUCAUUGAUGUUUAUGGUUUAUUGUUGCAUUGUACAUGUUUUAAUGGGAACCUACUGAUGUAGGAUGGUUUGAUAUGAAAUGAUUGGAGCAAACACCAGGUGGCAGCAUACAUACUUCUGCCUCUAACAUCAAACUGACUAUCCAGCAUCUCCCUUAUCUGUAUGAAGAUGUAGGCAUAUGUCAGAAGUUUAUAUUGGUCCUAGACAACUUACCAUUGAUGUUUUCUGUUGUCUUACUAGUGUUAUCAUAAUUACAUUAUGAGAGUGUGUGGAUGAUGGCAGGUUUAAGUAGCCUCACCUGGCCAAGUCUGAUUCUGAGGCUGGCUGAGGCUCCAAGCACACUAGGGAAGAUCUCCUGCAUAGCAGUGGAGCACCCUUGCCAUGUUCAUUACCUGCAAAACUUACAUUAAACUGGCUUCCACAUAA